AUGGUCUACAUAAUGAAGCACAUUAGGAGGGACAUGCUCGUGCUGGAGAAUAAGCUUCCGAUGCAAGUGCUGGAUCGGCUGGUUGCUGUCGAGAGCAAUGGCCAGCAGGAUGAAGAAUUCAUUAAUAGGCUCAUCCUCGAAUUCUGCUCUCCCGGCACGCACAUCCCGAGGAUGGGCAAAUGCCUGCACAUCCUGGACGUCUUCAGAAAGAGCUUGCUGCACCAUGUGGAGAAGCCCAAUAUCCCGCAUGAGCAGGACGAGGGCAGCGAGAAGAUUAUCCAACCGGCCGUCGAGCUCAACUAUGCCAGGAUUCGGUUCAAGAAGAGCAAGACCAACAGUCUCAGGGACAUCUCCUACGCCAGGGGGGUCCUGAGGCUCCCCGUGAUCGAGGUGGAUGACACUACCGAGUCUGUGUUCCUCAACUUCAUCGCACUCGAGCGCUUCCACAUUGGGGUGGGUACAAGGAGCGAAAAAGCGGUCACCGAGCUGUUCCGCUCGCUGUCCAAGGAUGUGGUGCUCGACCCUGAAAGCAGCCUCGACGCUGUGCGCAAGAGGCUCAAAAUGUACUGCCAGAAACCCUGGAUCACGUGGAGGGCUAAUCUCAUCCGCACCUACUUCAAUAACCUUGGCUUGUAA